UGUGGACUUCCUUUCCUCCUGCCUCUCACCACUUUCCACUUUUGGUACAGCCCAACACCUUCACUGAUUCCACUCGCCUUCUGACUCAGUCCAUAUGGCCUGAGCCAGUGGCUUCCAGCACCCGAUUCUGUUGUGUGGCUUGGAAGGGUCUGGAGAGCAUAGUGUUUGAGUGGUGACUUUGUGGGUAAUGGGUUGGCAGAACCAUUGUGAUGAGAUGUGCUUGACAGUUUUGUCUUGGCCAGAAUGGGAAGGAGAAAGAUCCACAUGGAGGCCUCUGACAGAUUGAAUUUCACUUGUUUGUUUGGUGGGGAGGGAGAUUAGGAAUUUAAUGGGACAAAGGCACUGAAAGUAGCAUAUUCAAUGGGACGGCAACUGUUCUUGUUUGGUUACUUCAUUUUUUGGUUUUUACUUUAUUCUAUGGGUCUCUUCUAGACUCGGGGAUCAGAGGUUCUUAUCUGGUCUGUUUGAAGGGAACAACAGAGAAAUUUGCUACCUACUCUUAGAUGUUGAUGCUCAAGGAGAGGGGAAGGGAGAAACGUCGCAAUUCCAAGAUUUGAGUUGAAGGAUCCAGCGUUCGAAAGAGAGAGUUUUAUGCACAUUGAAUCUAGAACAGAUUGUGAAUUUUGCACAGGUCUUGUUCUGAGAUGGACUGGAACUCGAAAACUACCUCGGAGUGGGACUGGGAGAAAUUAGCAGGGUUCAGUUCUAAGUCAAUUGAUAUUCCAGAAUUGGUACAACCAUCAAAUCAUGAGAUUGAAGGAGAUGGAGGGGUCGAUAAUGGAUCUGUAUAUUCAUCUGGAGGUGGUGGUGGUUUCUCAAGUUCAGAUUUGGGGCAUGGUUCUUCAUCUAGGAGCUCCAUCUCUGCUUCAGCCGAUUCAUCUUCCAAGGAGGGAAGUAAGAGAUAUGGGAUUGUUGAUGGAUUCCCUAAAGAUUUUACUGAGAAAAAAGAAUGGUCCAGGGUGGACAGUACUGAGAAUUAUCCAUCUCUGGGGGCUUCUGUCAGCUCAGGUGAACCAAUAAUUGGUUUGAAGCUUGGCAAACGAACUUAUUUUGAAGACUUGUGUGCGGCAAGCACCACUAAGACAUCAACUAUACCUGUGGUUCCUACAUCCUCAGCUGUUCCCACAAAGAGGUCUAGGGCAUCUUAUCAGAGCACUCAAACCCCACGUUGCCAAGUUGAAGGAUGCAACCUUGACCUAAAGUCAGCUAAAGAUUACCAUCGCAGGCAUAGAAUCUGUGAAUGCCACUCAAAAAGCCCAAAAGUCAUUGUUGCUGGAAUGGAGCGUCGGUUUUGCCAACAGUGCAGCAGGUUCCAUGAACUGUCAGAGUUUGAUGAUAAGAAGAGAAGCUGUCGUAGACGUCUCUCUGAUCACAAUGCACGGCGACGUAGGCCACAGACGGAGGCAAUCCAGUUUGAUUCUUCUAGACUGUCUUCAUCAUUAUAUGAUGGGAGACAGCAGAUGAAUCUUGUGUUGAAUAGGGUUCCAUUGUCAACUGCAAAUCCAACGUGGUCAAGUGCAUGCAGCUAUAAUAAAGUUACACAUGCCGAAGAUUCUGUAGCUAGACCUACAAAAACCGGCGGCAUUGAUAGGCAGCUGAAAUUGCUCUCAGAUGAGAUGCCAGGUGCUCCUUCUAUGCUACAAACAGAUUCAAUCAAGAUGUUGUCUUUUGAAGGCAGUACGCCUCGAGUCCUUAGUCAAGGUAUCUUUCCUUGCUAUUAUAUAAAACUUUUUGUAUCGCUGGAACUCUUAGACAUAAAUUUUAAUGUCUUGGCUGAGUUAUAAUUUCAAAUA